AUGGAAGGAGGACCGGGCUAUUCAGUACCACCAAGUCUUCGGCGUGUUUCGGCGCCCCGCGUCCUUUUUGGACAUAUGCCAGUUCUGUGUGUACUCCAUGGGCCGCGCUUCGUCUCAGAAGUCAGGAAGCGUCCGCCGAGAGGAAGCGAAUCUAGGAAACCGGAGCAUUGGACCAGUUCAGCCCCGUUUGGCCUUCAAGUGGGUGGUUACGAUCCCGAAGCCCGUACUGAACUCAAGCGCCUGGGUGGACACAUGCUGCAAAUUUUCAUCUCCAAAAAGGUUGUCAAGAAAUACGUGUACCACAGCAAAGCUUUUGGAAUCCCGAUCGAUACUGAACUAGAUGUUUGGCUUGCAACACCGGAAGCUGUUGGCAAGGAGCUGGAUGGCCAAGUGCGAAUUCUUUUUGAUCCGGAACUCUUCCUCACUGACAAAGGGCGUCUUUUUCACUACUGCGGAGAUUGGGAAUUUCUUGGUGGUGACGAAGAGAUGAAGGACUCUCGCGCCGCCUUUGUGGCCGAGAUCAGACGUGUGCUGGCACCCGUGCGAAAGAUCCCUGUCCACGAGCUCCAGUCGCGGCUGCGAAGCGCGCGCCCGGGCCAGGCGCCAGCAACGUCCAAGAAGCACAGUUGA